AUGUCGUCUUCGAAGAAAAGAGACGUAGAAAUGGAACUAUUUGUUAUACAAAACCAAAAUAAAUCAUCGGAAUCACCCGUGAGUAAAGACUACAACGUUUUUAAAUCAUUUCGUCCCGUUGUUGAGUAUAUUAAUGCUGAACAACAUUCAUAUGAAGAAAUAGCUGGAAUUGUAUCAAAUAAAGAUGAUUUAAACAUGUUAUGUUUAACAUUGCGUUCAUGGACAAUCGGUAUUCUAUUUGCUAUAUUAAUAUCUACUGUAAAUCAAUAUUUUGAAUAUCGAACAAAAACUUAUUCAUUUUCAGCAUCUUUAGUCUUAUUAUUAGCCUAUCCAAUUGGUAAAUGUUUAGAACGGUGUUUACCCAAGAAAACAAAAAUUAUUGGGACAAAUAUUUUAUUAAAUCCUGGAAAAUUUACAAUUAAAGAACAUGCAGUCAUACUUAUAAUGGCAUUAACAGCUGCACAAAAAUAUUAUGCCAUUGAUAUAGUUGCUAAUGAAAAAGUUUACUCCAAUAAACAAACUAGGUUUGUUAUUGGGUUGUUUCUUGACUUAUCAGUACAAAUUAUGGGCUAUGGUAUGGCAGGUGUAAUGCGUCGAUUUUUAGUGUGGCCAUCCGAAAUGAUUAUGCCAUCUACUUUACCCUAUAUUGCCUUUUUACGUACACUGCAUGAAAGAGACACAUUAUUAAGUACGAAAUGGUUAAAUAUGAGUCGAUUAAAAUUCUUUACUAUUGUCUGUAUAUGUUCAGCCGUUUAUUAUUGGCUACCCGGUUAUAUAAUGCCUGUUUUGGCUGCAUUUUCAUGGAUAUGUAUGAUUAAUCCAAAAAAUAUACUUCUAUCUCAAGUAACUGGUAACGGUGGAUUUGGUUUCGGUACAUUUCAAUUUGAUUGGCGUACCAUAACACAAUUAAUUGGAUCUCCAAUUUUAACCCCUCGAUGGGCACACUUAAACAUUCUCGUUGGUUUUAUUCUAGUCGGUUGGUUAAUUAUGCCAAUUUUAUAUUACACAAAUACAUUUAAUUUUAAACUUUUACCGAUUAAAAGUGAUCAAUUUUUUCUAGCAGAUGGAAAUUAUUUGGACAUUUUAAAUCCACGUACACCAAUUCGAUUAACUGUUGCAUCGUGUAUGGGUUAUUAUUUACUUUUUGCAUCACUAGCAGCCUUAGUUGUUCAUACAAUAUUAUUUAAUGGUAAAGAUAUUCUAAAACAAUCGCAUACAUCAUUAAAAAAACGUCAAAAUGACAUUCAUUGUACAUUAAUAUCGAAAUAUCCGGAAGCACCCGAAUGGGCCUAUGCUCUACUUUUCUUAUGUGCAUUUAUAUGUGCGUGUUUUGUUUGUCAUUAUGGUAACUUGAUGCCAUGGUACUAUCAAUUUUUAUGUGCAUCGUUGGCAUUUGUCUGUUUAUUACCAUCGGGUAUUGUUACAGCACAAACAAACAUGCAAUUUAACAUGAAUUACAUGCUUUAUGUAUUUGGUGGUGUUUUUCUGCACGGUAAAAAUCCAAUUUGGAAUUCAACAUUUUCGACUUAUUCAUGGGCAAUACAAAAUCAAGCACUUAAUCUAUUGAUUAAUCUGAAAUUUGGACAUUAUAUGAAAAUAUCUCCAAGAGCCAUGUUUAGUACACAACUGAUUAUUACGAUUUUAUCUGCGACUAUUAGGUAUGGAAUGGCUCAUUAUCUCCUUACAACUAUUGUUGGUAUAUGCACAUAUGUAGAUCCAAAUAACCCAUGGGAAUGUCCCAACAUAAGCACCACAUAUGCAAUUGCUUUUGGUAAAAUAGGUUAG